AUGUCGGAGAGGUCGAGCGAGAAGACCCCCGAGAGCGGUGGGGUCAAGGCUUUGGAGGACAUCCGCCCAAAGCACGGAGCUCUGACUGUCCCUUCAGGACCACCGGUGACUUUGGGUCCUGAAGUGAAUCAUUUUUGGAGUGAGUCGGCCAGAGAUGAGGCAAUUCUUCGUGCUUGCAGGCCGACCCAUUUGCCCAAGGAGCUGCCAGACUCGUUUGCUCCGGCUCCAACUUCGGUGAGCCCUCCCAGGGAUGUGCCAGAUGCGGUGAGGGCUAUGGUGCAGGGAUUGGUUCAGGAGAACGCCAGGCUGUGGUCGGAGCGUGAGGCCUAUAGCUAUGGUCAGCUGGGGUCAUCCUCCUGGUCAAAGUUGUGGUCCACAACCAUG